UCUCGUCACAAUCUAUCUACACCGCUUUGAUAUCAUAAAAAAUAUAUUCUAACGGUAUAACCUCAGUUCAGGCUACAUGUUUUUCAUGUUUGUUAUUAUUUCAAUACACAAAUAUGCUUGCUACCCGAUUUAUUCCUGCCUAGAUCUCUGCAUUCUACCUCAUUUUCAGUGCACCACAUAUACCCCCACGAACUUUUGCUUGUUGCUGAUUGAGAAGAAGAAUCCAUCCUCAAUACCAUAGUCCUAAACUACAUUUUAGGUCCUUAUGUAUUACAACUGAAAUUCCCUUACCUGAGUUUCAGCUCUGAUUCUUGUCCAGUUUAAAGCUAAUUGCAUAGGACUUGAUGAAUUCAUAGAACCCAAAUGGAAGAUUCUGGUAGAAUUGUGCGGAGAAAGAAUGCCUCAAAUCUUAAUAGCAAGUACUCUGCACCCACAAGACACAGACCUGAUAUCCAUAAUGUCAGAAUGGCAACCAAGAUCCUUGAUAGCAUCUGCUUUGAAAAUAAAAGAUUCAGCUCCAUGGAAAGAGACCCACAUAACCCUGUGGAAUACAAUGAUGUCUUUGGGGGCCCUCCUAGGUGCUUUUCUUCUAGAAAAAUAGCAGAAGAGCCUCCAUUUCCAAGAAGAUCAUGUGACGGACUAUACAGAACACUUGGAAAGGAAUUGAAUUCGAACAGAAGUUUCUGCAGCUUACCAGUGUUUGAGCUUCCUGUGUAUGAAAAUUCUUCUUUGCCAGUGUUUGAGCUCCCUGUCUUUGGGGGUUCUGAGUUCCCUGUCUUUGAAUUUCCUUCAAGCAGAGAUGACUUGGGUAGCAGAGUUACAAGCCAUAAAUCCUCUAGUGAUGAAUUCUAUGCUGAUAUUUUCAGAGGUGGUGAUGGGCAUCCUAAUAGUGUAUAUGAAGAGUCAACAUCUAAAAGUUUGUCUUCAAAGCCUUCAAGGUCCAGAUCGAAGUCUUCCUCAUCGCAGCCCAGCUCUGAGAACCCAAGCCCACACCAAUAUGCAUCGUCUAGGAUGUCAGGAGACCUUUCUUUGUCUGCAUUGGCUUCCAAGCUCAGGCCAAUUGCUCUCUCAAAGCGAGAUAGGCCUUUUGUCUUUGGCUCCUCUGGUACACAACAUACAGGCUAUCAAUCUCAAGGUUCUGAUAAUGUUUCUGUUUGUUCGAGUUCUUCCUGUUCCCCAUCUCAAUUCUUUUCAGAUUCAGCUAGUUUUCCUUCUGUCCAUCUCAAUAAGCCGAGGACAUUAAGCAAUAGGACAGGAAGGCGGAAUGUGGAUGAUGUUUUUGGUGGCUUCCCCAAACGAAGGCCUUUCCCACAAAUGCAAACUUGCCAAAAAACAGAAGAAUUUAAGACUGGACCAACACUAGGAAGGCUAGAUAGGACAAAUGUAUUUGAGAAAUACCCUGUUCUCCUACAUGACUCAAGCAAGAACUCGCUACAAUGGGUGAAUGCAAUUGGAUGCAUUGCAGAUGAUGAUCUAGCCACAAAACCUAUAAAGGAGGUACCCUUUCCAGUAGCCACUGUUCACCAUAUGACCCAAAAUACGUUUGACUCCUCUCCUUCAGAGCACUUUUCUGCACCGCAAAAGGUGAAAAGUUGGAGAGAUUGGGUACCAGAAGUAAAAUAUGCUCAAUUAGGUUCGAAAAAAGAUUCAUCUACUUGUUCUUCUAUGUGCAUGUCACAUGUUUCUCCAGUAACAGAGGCUAGUUAUUGGGCACAAGAAGAACCAGCUGAGAUCAAUUUAGAAACUCCAGGAAGAAACUCACUUGAUGGUGGAGACAGUUAUGAUAUCCCUGGAUCAUAUGGAAUCAACAGUGUUUUUGACAGAAGAAAAAACAUGAUGUUUCAUAAUAAAAUUGAUAAUCAUCUAGAUGACAUUUCAGAUAUAGCCAUAAAAGAGGCCAUAGCCUGGGCAAAAGAAAAGUUUCAGGGGAACUUGAAUGAAGGGAAAGGAGAUGCAAGUAUGUUUGUUCAAGAACCUAAUGACAAAGAUGAAGCACAGGUAGGUGAUGGGAAUAUAAAUGGAUUAAGACAAUGUGGGCAUGAUGCUUAUACGAAUGGAGAGGAAAGAAAGCAAAAGGCAGUUAAUAGAUGUUUACAUCAGAGAACUCUUGAAAGGACUGAAGAUCAUGGAAACAGAUCAAUAGAUCAAUCAGACCAUAGUUCAGAGUCUGAUGAUCAGCUCUUCAUCUGUAAAAACGAAAUAGACCGACAUCCACAAGAAACAAAAAUAAACAGAUCAAUAGAUCAAUCAGAACAUAGUUCAGAGUCUGAUGAUCGGCUGUCUAUUUGUAAACAAGAGAUAGAACGACAUCCACAAGAAACAAAAAAAUGUCCAUUAGCACCACACCAGUGUACAUUAACAGAUUUGAAAGAGAGACUGAUAAAGGAAGUAACAAAUGAUGUUACAGGUGAUUAUAACCCACAGACAGCAAAUCAAGACGAUGCAGAGACCCUUCUCCAUACACCAGAAUUACAAGAUGCUCAUGCAGUGGACACAUUGUCUAGUGGGGGAGCUAACCAGAUGAGUUGUUCUAGAUUAGUGGAUGAAUGCACCUGUUAUGAACUAGAGAGAUGGAAUGGCCAUGCUCAUGCUGUGGAUUGCAGAAUGUCUCAAUAUGAACGAAGUUGCACUCUAGCAGUAUCUUUAGAGACUGCAACAGUAAAAGAAAUUCCUGAAGGAUAACAUGCGCAGUUCAACAAUGGGAUAAUACACAUGCUUGAUCUGCUUCAGCUGUUGUAGUCAUAGUCUGAGUGAUGGAAGAGAAAGGAGGAACUUUUCCUACAAGAAGAGAAGCAUUGAUUUAGAGAAGGAGGUGUCAAAUGAGGUCUGCAAAAGAAGUACCAGAUAUUUCUGGCUUCAUUGAGGAUGAGGCAUUUGUUCUAUUUUGAAGAGACAAGGAAGGAUGCAGUAGAAAAUGGUUAGAUGCUCAAUAGUCUGAUGUGCUUGUAGAUUGGAGAAACUAGACCUCAUUGGGGUUUUGAGACAUAUAUGUGGGGAUUGGUGUCCAAUAGUUCAGGGGAGAUCCGAAAUCUGGAAGUUCAGCAUUAUACCUUUAUGAGGGUGAUGAGACACUUCAUGUGCAAAUGGUGCCCAAUGAUUUUGGGAACUUGGAUGAUAGCUGCAUGACUAUACCUGCAGUUGGGGAGCAACUUGAAGAAUUCUUAUUGAUUUGAGAAUUGUUUUCAAAGAACAGCUUUUACAUAUAUCUCCUAUUAGUUUAACGUUGUAGCAUUAAGAGGGGGUGCUGGAAUAUAAUGCUCCAACAGUUAAGAGUUAGAAUAGGAAUAAAAAAAGAUUUGUUGAUCUGUUUAGAGUUAGAAUAGGAAUCAAUAGAGAUUGGUAGAUCUGUUUGAGUUAGCUGUCAACAGUCUCCAGUUAUUAUCUAUCAGUUUUAGUUAGUUGUCCAUCAUAUCUAGUUUGCUGUCAUUUCUAUUAGCAUAAUUAUAGAAUCUUGUUGAAGCCAGUUGAACCUAUAUAUUCGUAUU